AUGGCGUCGGGUUUCGGCGAGCUCGUGCUGGUGAUGGGUGACAGCCACAUUCCAUAUCGGUGCUCGGAGAUCCCUGAGAAGUUCCAGAAGAUACUCGUGCCAAACAAGAUGCAGCACGUUUUGUGCACGGGAAAUGUAGUGACGAAGGAGCAACUCGACGAACUGCGACAGCUAGCACCCAAUGUCCACGUUGUGGCUGGAGACUGUGACCAAGGAGGAGCGUACCCGGAUUCGAAGGUCGUCACGAUCGGCCAAUUCCGGAUUGGGCUCUGUCACGGACACCAGAUUGUUCCGUGGGGCGAUCAGCACAGCCUCGCGGCUCUGCAGCGAAAGAUGAACGUCGACAUUCUCAUCACUGGUCAUACCCACACGCCCCACAUCCGGCAAGAACAAGGCAAGUGGCAUGUAAAUCCUGGAUCAAUCACAGGCGCGUUCAGCAGCUGUACGAGGGACGUGGUUCCGAGCUUUAUACUCAUGGCGUUGCAGGGGGCAAAAGUCGUGGCUUUCUUAUAUGAGCUGAAAAAUGGCAACGUUGUCGUCUCGAAGAGUGAGUUCACCAAGGAAUCGCUGUGA